CAGGGAGAGAGACGAGACCGACCGACGCCGCGGGCUUAGUCCAGUGGAAGGUGUUCGUCCACUCGCGCUCGCACUCCCGCCGUUACGCGCGCGCGCGCCGCCGCCGCCCCGACCUCGCCGCGCGCGCCGACGAACCUAGAUGCGGUGAUGGGAAGAAGGGGCGCGGGCGCGGGCGCUGCGGUGGUGGUGGUCGCGGCCUUCGUGGCGGCGGCCGUGGCGUCGGGGGACACGCUCGCCGAUCUCGGCGGCGCCGCCAAGGGGAUCGACAGCGUGCCAGAAGUGAAUAACUUGGGACCAUGGGCGAAGGGGCUUCUGAAAGGGAUGCCGGACUCGGCGGCAGGGCCAGCAGAGGGCCCCAUCGCAAAGUAUCCGCUGGUUCUGGCAGAGGAGAGGACGCGGCGGCCGGAUGUUCUUGACCACCUUAGGAUGUAUGGAGGAGGGUGGAACAUCACUAACAAGCACUAUUGGGCGUCUGUUUCAUUCACAGGAAUUGCUGGGUUUGUUCUUGCUGCUGGGUGGUUUAUUUCGUUUGGAAUUGCUGUAGCUGCAAGCUGCUUUUGGAAAUCAAGAAUAGACAAAGAAAAUGAUUUUCAUGCAGAUAUACUGCGCCUUGUGUUGCUUGUGGUCUUCAUAUUUACUUUAACGGCUGGAUCUGUUAUCCUCUUUUGUGGACAGAGUAAAUUCGGACAAGAAGCUACUAGCACUGUCGAUUUUGUUGUGAAUCAAUCUGAUUUCACCAUUCAGACGCUAAGGAAUGUUACCGAUUACUUAUCGCUUGCAAAGACAAUCAGUGUGGCAGCACUCUAUCUUCCUUCAGAUGUACAAGGGCAAAUUGACAAUUUGAAAGUGGACUUAAAUAAAGCGGCUGAUACUAUAUCCCAAAAGACAUCAGAAAACUACAGAAGGAUAAGAAAAGUUCUCCAUAACUUGUCAGUUGCUUUGAUUUGCAUAGCUGCGUUGAUGCCUGUUCUUGCAUUCUUGGGAUAUGUUUUGGAGCUGUAUGGACAAAGAAGUACAGUUUAUGUAUUUGUUACCUUAUGCUGGACAGUAGUGGCAACUCUCUUCAUUCUUCUAGGGAUUUUCCUGAUAUUGAACAGUGCUGCAAAGGAUACCUGUGAAGCAAUGGAUGAAUGGGCACAACAUCCUCAAGCAGAGACAGCUCUCAGCAACAUCCUUCCAUGUGUAGAUGAAAGCACAACCAAUCAAACCUUGUACCAGAGUAAACAUGUUGUGGUAAUUCUUGUAGGCAUAGUUAAUAGGGCUAUAUCUGCUCUUUCAAAUCGAAGGCCACAUCAUAAACAUCCUGGGCAGUUCAUGCCUUACCUGUGUUCUCCCUAUGAUGCGAACCUGACUGAUCGGCAGUGCAAGUCUAGGGAGGUCACCUUCGAUAAUGCAACCACAGCAUGGCUGAACUAUACAUGCACAGUUCCUGACUCAGAUUUGUGCUCUGGCCCCAGAACCAUAACUCCAGAGAUAUACAGUCAGCUUGUUUUAGCUGCCAAUGUAAGCUAUGCUCUGUACCAUUAUGCCCCUCUCAUGCUCAAUCUCCAGGACUGCAAGUUCGUCCGCAACACAUUCAGCUCCAUCGCUUCGCAGUACUGCCCUCCUAUAUGGCGCGACCUCAGCUUGGUCUCAGCAGGCCUGGCUCUCAUUGCCUCUGGCUUAACACUUGGCCUCCUCUUGAUGCUUUUUGCGGACCGCCCCCAAAGGGAGGAGGUGUCCGAGCUGCCAUCAGGGUCAAGGAUCACCCCAGUAGACUGCUCUCCAUGACGAGCUCAGUCUCUAUGGUCAUUCAGACUAGUAUAGCAAUUGCCUGUAAUAGUUAGGAAAAGAAGAAGGUGAAGCACUGGGGCAAAGCCCCAUUUUGCAGUGGAGAUGAUCUAGGUGGAUGAGUGCUUCCUUCCGUGGUAUACAUGGUAUGUUUCAGGGAAUAGUUGUAAAGGCUAAUGCCUAAUGGCAAACAAAAUUUGGGCAAAACCCCACUAUGAUAUGAAGAGCAAUGUUCUGUAUCCCCUAUGAUUGUUCAGCUGGACAUGUUUCUUUCUUA